UUUUGUACAAAAUAGAUCAAACCGCCACACACACACACACAAAAACAACUGAAAAUAAAAAGCCGCAUGGAUAAUCAAAUUAGUAGCUGCUGCGCCAGCAGCUCAUCGAGCAGCAGUUUGCGACGUCGUUCCAUUUAUAAUCUGGAUGUCGAGCUGUGCGCCUUCUGCUUGGAUCGCAAACAGGAUCCUGUCCACUUGCCCUGCAAGCAUUCCUUUUGCAGAACUUGUUUGGACAUCUAUCGCGAGGAACGUAACUGGGUGGCCAAGUUCUGUCCACUGUGCCGACGCAGCUUGAGCGGCUCUGAUAAGCCGAGCAGCUGGACCAUGUUUUUAUGCAUUUUGCUGGUUGUUCUGCUCUUCAGUUUGGGGCCAUUCUAUUUGCUGCUACUCUAUUGGUAGUACACAGAUUGGGGCGUUCAUUCCAGAGCUUGUUGUGUUUCUCAGAGUACAGGUAUAUUCGUAUAUAUUUUAUGAAGAGCUCCUUAAAAUGUUUUGGUUAUGUGAUUGUUGUUCAUUGUAUUCGUUUGUCCAAUAAAUAGAAAAUCGUUCAAGUCACAAA